AUGGAACACGGUAACUGUCCCUACACGGCAACCAACAGCAAGCCGGGCGAGAAGAAACUACGCACACGCAUUCGCGUCGGCUUCUUGGCUGAGGCUUCGGUCGAGGCUGUCCAAGACUAUCUUCAUACCGGAUUACGUCAAUUGGGGAGAGGUGCUGGGUGCCACCCUUCUCCCUUGCAGUAUGGAGAAAUUGUGAAGAUCGGAUCAUGCUCGUUUAUUCCUGCAGAAGUCAACUUCUCAGCUUAUGCAAAGGAACUGAUGAGACUAUUUGAUUUUGAAGUACCGAUUUGUAUCAAGAUGGACUGGGUUUCUAUUCCGUACACGGGCCAAGCAAAGUACGACAAACGGUCCCCCGCAGUGACUAGUCCACAUUGUUUCACUCGGAGGAUUCAUGCCAAGAGAGUUGAUCGCACUUUGAGGUCAAUUCUCCACCCAGCAACUGCAAAACCUGACUUUCCAUUUGCAGCACCGGCCACCUACAUCAGUGAUUGGAAGUCGGCACAACAAGGUUUGCUGAGUGUUAAGGCCUACGGUCGGGUGAAGGAUGCGAUCCUUACCUUGAUCAGCAAGUUACGGGAUUACUACAUUUUGACGGAGGUUCUUUAUCCAGGCAUCAACUUCACAGGGAUGUUCAAGUUUGCUACUACAAGGUUGUACGGUUCUUGCACCCUGUUCAAACUGCUCUUGUCCAUCAAGGCUACUCCGGCCCAGGCUGAUCAGGCUUCCACAGCUGCCAAAGACAGACCCCCAACAACUGCCAACGACAACUCAUCUGAAGAGGAGGACGAUGAAUCCCAGGAGGGAGCGGGUUCUCUGUCCGGGCCAUUCACGAAGGUGACAAAGAAGAAGGUGAAGAAGAAGAAGAAGUCGCUCAUUUCCGAUAACCUAGAGAAUCAUUUUCUCAAAGAUCUAUCCCCGGCACAACGCAAGCUGGCUGAAGCCACCGACCGCAAACUGAAGAACGAUAUUGAUCGCCAUAAGGCAGGACCACUCUUCCUGAUGAUCCUUCCUGGAGAAAUGGAAGGCUCUUACAUCUUUGUAUGCCGCAAGAAGUACGGUCAGUUAGCUCGAAACGUGUUGAGAGGGAUAGUUCCGUUCUUGAUUCAUCACCUGUGCGAACUUACCAAUACGCAAGCUGAUCGAGUCUUGGGUAAAUGGAUUCCCAAAUCAGAGAUCCAGGCGACGCGUCGUAAGUGUUUGGUAUGGUGCACCAACACACUACGCGCUAUUGAGGCCUCCGAUCAGUCGACCAAGGUGGAGGAAGCUCUGGAGUUUUUGGACGAUGUGAUCGAAGACACCACUGAUGUCUACCAAGGUCAACUCUCGAUCGAUAUGGAUAUGGCGAAUGCCAAGGAUAUUGACGAUGGUCAAACGGUCACGGGGAUGCUGGAUGAAAUGCACAAACAUGAACAACAACUAGAGGAUGCCUUUGUGGAAAUUGAAGCUUGUGACAACGCCUUGGCGGCUAAAGACCAGGCCCUGGCUCAGCAGAAAGCCGCGACUGCGGCUCUUCAAGCCCAACUUGAGGUAUCUCCAGAUCGGUCCGAAUUCACUAUGCCACCAAAAAAGAGGAAAAGUAAGGAUACUUCCACAACUAAGAGGAGCGUUGACAGGUCUAAGGCUGGUCUUAAGCCGCCCACUAAGUCAACUUGUACCAGCACGUCUGUUCACUUUCAGCAGCCGAAGCAGCGCUCUUGGAACAUGUCUCAGGUCCAGGUGGACACAACUCAGAUGGGGGGUGAUACUACUACAGCUGUGUCUCAGGACGAAAGCCUCUCAUCUCUGACAGCGGCAUCUCCGCGAGGUGUACACCCAUUCUUUCUCCCUUCUCCAUCUGGCAAAUCCGGUACUAGCGGAUCUGCUAAGUUGCCUUCUUUGGCCGGCCGCGGAGCGCCUCGCUCCGCGGCAGGGCCAUGA